AAGUUACAUAAUAAUUCUAAUAAAAAUUGAUUGAAAAGACGGAUUGGUGUGAUGGCAUAGCCCGAGGCCAAAGACCCAGAGAGCAUGGCCAGAGUGCGGGUGGUCAGAUGGGCGUGGGCUGUGUUGGCUGGGCUGUGCGCUCUGGCCACGUGCGAGGUUCAGCAGCAAUGUCCACCGAGGGGGGAGAUAUCUCCGUGCCAAUGUUCCGUGAAGAAGAAUGGCCUGGAUAUACUGUGCGAGUUCACGGAUCAGCAGCACAUCUCGAACGCGAUGGGAGUGCUGAAGGGGAAGUCCCUGGUCAUUUUCUACCUUAAAUUACGGCACAACAACCUCCGUAAGCUGCCGGGUUUCGUCUUCUUAGGACUCGACAUCCGCCAUUUGACCAUCCACAACAGCAGCUUGUCCGUUGUGGAGGAGGCAUCUCUAAGCUCCAUCGGUAAAAUGCUUACGCAACUGGACGUCUCGCAGAACAGUCUGACUUCGGUACCAUCGGCGGCCUACAAGAACCUACAUCAGCUCCUCAUCCUGAACAUGAACCACAACAAGAUCGGAAGUUUGCAUGCGAAAGCGUUCGAAGGCUUGGACACGUUAGAAAUACUCACUCUAUACGAGAACAAGAUCACUUCGAUCGACGCAGAAGCAUUCACCGGCUUGGAAAAGAAACUGAAGAGAUUGAAUUUAGGAGGCAACGGACUUACAUCUGUACCGCAAAAGGCGCUUUCCAUCUUGGACACUCUGAAGAAACUCGAGAUGCAGGAGAAUCGUUUGACCGAAAUCAGAGAAGGCGACUUCGAAGGUCUCAGGAACUUGGAUUCCCUCGGCUUGGCCCACAACAAAUUGACCGAGGUUCCAUCCAGAGUCUUCUCGCAUCUCAGCCUCCUCAAUUCGCUCGAAAUGGAUGGUAACAGCAUCGUGUACAUCGAUGAGGACGCAUUCGCAGGACUCGAAGAAAAUCUUCAAUAUUUGAGAUUGGGAGACAACAAUAUCCACACGAUCCCAACGAAUGCACUGAGAAGAUUGCACCGUCUGAGGCAUUUGGAUUUGCGUUCGAAUAACAUUAGCUUCAUUGCGGAGGACGCGUUCGCCGGCUUCGGGGAUUCCAUUACCUUCUUGAAUUUGCAGAAAAACGACAUCAAAAGUUUACCAGCCCUCGCCUUCGAGAAUCUCAAUUCACUGGAGACUUUGAAUCUGCAGAAUAACAAGUUGAUGCAUAUACCGGAGGAAAUUAUGGAGCCUAUCGUCGAUACUUUACGGGUCGUUGAUAUUAUGGAUAAUCCUUUGAUGUGUGAUUGCGAGCUGCAGUGGUACAAGAACUGGUUGAAGAGUCUCCGCGAUAAGGACGACGAGAUGAUGCAGAAGAAACGCACGGUUUGCAUGAUGAACCACGAGCACCGCGAGUACAGCCUCCAGAAUCUCCCACUGGAGAAGAUGCAGUGCGUGAUCAAGCCCUUCGAGUCGGGAACGAGCAAAGCGGUCGGCAUCAAAGCCCAAUCGGCCGUCGGCUUAUUGCUACUCACGUAUAUGAUUUACUAGAAGAAGGGUUGCUCAUCCGAGCAACAUCCUUCUCGUAGCUAGCAUAUAUAAAAAAAGAACUACACUCACAUAUCUAUCUAUUUUUAGUUUGUUCGGUAGCUUUUAACCCUUAUAGCUAUUAAAAAAAAUAAUUAUAUAAUACUAAUAAUAGACGUAUAUAAACACAUACACUUUAAUUACGUAAGGCACUAUUAUUAAUGUUGUUCUCACGAAUUCGCUAGUGGAAAAAUAAUUGUCUGGGCUUUUUUCGCUUUUUUUAGUAAGAUGUUAAGUAAAAAGAGGUAUAGGAAAUCAGUAUACAUAUCAAGAGGACCGGAGGAGUCGUGUGAUCUCCUCGCGAACAUGGAAACAUAUCAGACUAUGACUGAAAGUAGCGUUAGAAGUCCACCAAAGUAGGUUUUUUUCUCUCUCAAACUUUGGGAUCCACUAAAUGUAAACGCAAUUAGGACGAUAGUUUGUGAAUUUUACUCUCUUCGAUGUUUAAAACUCUCGGUGUUUUUGAAGAAUUUAAAAAAGCCACUACACAUUCGAAUAUGCGAAUAAUAUUGUUUGUCGUUAUAAAUAUUUGAUUUUCACCGUUCUACUCUGAGUUUCGAGUUGUACGGGCACAAAGAUAAAGUCGAGGACGCGAUUUUGGGACACCCUACGUAGGGCCUAUAAACAUAUCAAUUUAUGGUAUAUCAAGACGCGUCUGGAUCCCUUGAGGGCAAGGAGGGCCGCGAGACAGGGGGGAUGCUACCAUCCCUUGCGGUUCCGCGUUGUCCUGGAAACGGAUUCCAAGGAACGUCGAAAAAAUAUAUACCAAAAAAAAAUAUUAUAAUUAUAAACUAAUAUUAAUUUAAUGGAUUAUAUCGCAUGCUUUAGUAGUUAAUUAAUGAUUAACUAUAUUAUACUCAAAUUUAAGGUAUUUACUAAGAAGAUGAAGGAAAAAAGGAGGAUUUUGUGAGCUUCAAACAUUCAUAUCAUUAAUUGUUAAACAAAGAGAUUAUAUAUAUAUAUUACAAAAAAAAAACGAUAUUUAGUAGUUAGAAGAUAUUAUAUUAUACAUGAAAUAUAUUUAGCGUUUAAAACAUUUGUCAAUGCACUCGAAAUUAAGUGUUUUAAAGGGAAGAGAAGAAGAAAAAAAAUUUUUUGGGAAGGCAGUCGGAAUAGGAGAUGAGCAGAGUUUGCUAUACACGUACCUAAGAUAUAGAGGAACAAAAUUUGAAGAAGUAAAUGAAAUCUUUUAAGAGCAAAUUUUAGAAAAUAUCAAGCGAGGUGCAAUUGAUGAAUGGCAUUUAGUAUAUAAAUAUAUAGAAAAAAAAAAGAGAAGAUACCUACACUUUAUAUAUAUGAAAUAUAUUUACGAAGAGCGCCGAAAUGCCCUUUGUGACUUGAUUUAAUUUUUAUCGAAGAACGAUAAUUUCCCAUAAGAUAUGCAGAAGUUGUCGUUCUUUUUUUCGAUAUUCUUCAGCAGGGCAGCUCUUAGACCAUUUUCGAAACAUAUCCGCCUGAUGGUCCAUAGCGAAACUUCGCGUUGCUACGAAAUAAAACUAUAAAAAAAAAAUAAGAAGAAAAACAAGUAUUUUGAAGAAACGUAAUGUUUAAUCCAUGCUUCGAUUAAAAUAUUUUUCUAUAAAAUCUAUAUACAGUGUCAGGUCGUUAUCGCGUAGAAACGCGAAGUUGCUGGGGCCGGCAAAAAAA